GGCGUGCCGCGUGACACCCUUUUCUCUCCCUCGCUCCUUUCCCGGUGACGUCAUGAUACUGGGCCGCCGUUGCUGAAACCAUAGGAAUGCGACACACUUCAUGUAUCGGAGAACUCUUUUAAUGUUGCCUUGUUCAAUGCUGCCAGGUUAAGGGCUAAAAUAUGCCGCGUGCGACUGGUCGCUUAAUGACUUUUGCAAGGCACUCGUAACACUCGGUUUAUUAAUCCAGGAAAUAACUUUUGUUAAGCUGUCUACUUUGUGGCUGCCUCUCUCUCUCUGUGUGUGGCUGAGCGGGCUCGGGCUGGAGCCGUGCCCCAGUCGGUGGAUUGUGGUUGCUCUCCCAUGACCGCUCGCGACAUGACAUCAGGUGGAUUGUUUCGUUUGUUUGGGUAAACAAGGAAGUGUUUAACGGCUGAUGCUGGUCUCUGGCAGCCAUCAUGUUCACCAAGAAGAAGAAGUCCCGUAUCCAGAUCUCGGCGCCCUCUAACUUCGAGCACCGCGUGCACACCGACUUCGACGAGCAGGAGCAGAAGUUCGUGGGGUUGCCGCGGCAAUGGCAGUCGCUGAUCGAGGACACGGCAAAGCGGCCCAAGCCCUUCAUCGACGUCACAGUCAUCACCACCGUGGAGCCGAGCAAGACCAUCGUGCGCGGCAGCAAGCUGGGAGUGGACGGCUCGUUGACCUGGCUCCUGGAUGAGUUUGACACCAUGUCGGUGACGCGCUCCAACUCCCUGCGGAGGGACAGCCCCCCCGUGCAGCCACGCAGAGACUCCGGCUCCUCGGUUGGGGGUGGAGGAGGAGGAGGAGGUGGAAGGCAGGAGAACGGAGAUCCACAGCACAGACAAUACCAGCCAGCAGACAGACCCAGACCAGACCAGCCCAGCGGAGCGGACCCCCGCCAGCCCCCGCGGGCGGUGCGCCCCCCGCACAGGGAGGACGGGCACCAGGGCCGGCCCCAGCAGCAGCCCCGCGGCCAGGAGCCCAGCAGGGCCCCCCGAGACGGGGACAGACCAGUCCCGCCCCCGCCCCCACACAGGGACAGGGAGCAUCGGAACCCCCCCCAGGACCCGGUGGUCCGCCGGGAGCCGCCCAGCGACCGCAGGCCCAAGUCCAGCUACACGGGGCGGGGGGACGGCAGCCCCCAGUCCCCCCGGGACAAGAGGCCCCUCUCCGGGCCCAGCAUCCGGGCCCCCGUCCUGCCCGUCCUGCCCGUCAGCGAGGGGCCCCUGAAGCCCCUGCAGCCCAGCGCCCGGCCCUUCAACACCUUCCCCCGCACCGACAGCGAGGGGGGCCGUAGCCCCACCGGCCAGCCCGGCCGCCACCCAGACUCCUCCCCCCACAACGGCCCCUCCAGCAGCUCCACCCGCAGCACGGCGGGCAGCCAGCCCCCCAUCAGCCUCCCCCACCACCACGCCUCCCACCCCGGCCUGGGCCCCGACCCCGCCCGCCAGCAGCAGCACCACCACCCCCAGCCUCCACCACCGCCCCAGCACCCCCACACCCCUCACCCCCCCGUCCCGGCCCCCAGACCGCCGGCCCCCCCGGGCACCCACCCCGCCGGGCCCCCCCCCCAGGGGCGCUCCCCCCAGCGGGAGCCCCAGAGGGUGUCCCACGAGCAGUUCCGAGCGGCCCUGCAGAUGGUGGUGGACCCCGGGGACCCCCGGACCUACCUGGACCACUACAUCAAGAUCGGGGAGGGGUCCACGGGCAUCGUGUGCAUCGCCACGGUGAAGACCACCGGCAAGCUGGUGGCCGUGAAGAAGAUGGACCUGCGGAAGCAGCAGCGCCGCGAGCUGCUCUUCAACGAGGUGGUAAUCAUGAGGGACUACCACCAUGAGAACGUGGUGGAGAUGUACAACAGCUACCUGGUGGGCGACGAGCUCUGGGUCGUCAUGGAGUUCCUGGAGGGAGGGGCACUGACAGACAUAGUGACACACACAAGGAUGAACGAGGAGCAGAUAGCGACAGUGUGUGUGUCGGUGCUCAAGGCGCUGUCCGUCCUCCACGCACAGGGCGUGAUCCACAGAGACAUCAAGAGUGACUCCAUCCUGCUCACCCACGACGGCAGGGUGAAGCUGUCAGACUUCGGCUUCUGUGCCCAGGUGUCUAAAGAGGUCCAGAGGAGGAAGUCUCUGGUGGGAACCCCCUACUGGAUGGCCCCAGAGCUCAUCUCCAGACUGCCCUACGGCCCAGAGGUGGACGUCUGGUCCCUGGGCGUCAUGGUGAUAGAGAUGGUGGACGGCGAGCCGCCCUACUUCAACGAGCCGCCCCUCAAAGCCAUGAAGAUGAUCCGGGACAACCUGCCGCCCAAGCUCAAGAACCUCCACAAGGUCUCUCCUCUCCUCAAGGGCUUCCUGGACCGCCUGCUGGUGCGAGACCCUUCUCAGCGCGGCUCAGCCAAUGAGCUCCUCAAGCACCCCUUCCUCACCAAGGCGGGCCCGCCCUCCUGCAUCGUCCCGCUGAUGAGACAGAACCGCAUGAGAUGAGACGCCGCGGCCUCCCGCCACUAGAGGGCAGUGGGGUCCGAUCGAACACGACACCGGGACGACCUGACUUGAGGCUCUAGCCAAACUGAGGCCAGGAAUCACGUGCUGGGAGCAGCGUCUUGGGGACACGGGGGUGUUGGCAUUCGGAACCACAGAACACUAGAGGAAACAUUCCCUUACCGUGUGUGUGUGUGUGUGUGUGUGUGUGUGUGUGUGUGUGUGUGUGUGCGCGCGCGCGUGUGUGUGUGCGUGUGCGCGCGUGUGUGUGUGUGUUGCCAACACUGUUCACGACGUCGGUGUGGUGGAUUCUCUUGGCUGACCCCUCCCUUGUGCUGCCCUCUCCAAUACCUGCCCCUCUGCCUCGUGUCGGUGUUCUGGACCUCUCAGGGCCGUCUCCUCCCUGCCGCCGGCCCCUCACACUGCCUGCCCCCCCCCCCCCCCCUCUGGCUGCUGGGCCCCUUGGAUCGGCUCUGACACUUCCUCACCUUUUAAUGAGGUGAACUAUUUUGGAAGGUGCGAAAAGAACUACAUUUGCUUUGUAACGUUCCAACGCGGACAUGACCUGUGUCUGAAGGGGGGACGGACGGACGUACGUUCUCUUGCACCCGUCAUACGCCCCGGAGCUGUCGGACCGGCCCAAAUAGAUUCACGGAGCCACCAACCUUUUUUUCCUUAACUUCCACAACUAUUCUUAUCAUCACUACAAGAACCCUGGAGCGGAGGAGUGAAGACCAGGACUCCAUCUCCAUGACAACUAGAGCUAACUACUGAACGAGGACCGCGUCUGUCCGGGAAAUGAGUCAUACGAACGGUUCUGUGUCCAUGGAAAUGCAGUUGUUUUUUUUAACGGAAACUUAAACACUGGAGUUGUGUUUUUAUUAUUUUUUAAUAGAUAAAGGAACCAUACUAUGUAAGUACGCUGAACAUAGAGAUAUGUGGGUUGUGACGCUGUUUUCAUCAUCUCUAUAUAUAUUUUUUAAUUGCAAAAUGCGUUUUUGUUUUUUUUUCUCUUCUGGUUUUAUGCCUCUGUAAGAUGUGAUGGUUUUUGAAGCACUGUUGAGAUAGAAACCCCACUCCCAGUGAGGGUGUACCCCCACUCCCAGUGAGGGUGACGCUCACUCCCACUGAGGGUGACGCUCACUCCCAGUAAGGGGGGCACUCGGGGGUCGGAGUAAAGUCCGUACCGGGACCCUGUUGUAUGGUUUUAGAUAGCUGACCUUUAAACGGUUUUAGGAUUUCUGUUAGAAUAUUUAAGAAAAUGUCGUCAAAACCCCAACGCCGUACGGAGGUAUGUCGGCGGAUGGGGGCACAGAGAAAUCGGGCCGAACAAACACUACAAUGAUAUGAAAAGUUUGACAUUGCUGAUUUUAAAGAAGGAACAAAUGAGGAAGGCAUUCCUGUUCGUUUUGUAGUUUUGAUUUGGUUUUUAAUGAAAUUAUUUAAAAAAGGUUUGUGAUACUCACUUUUUCAAUCUUAUUUGUCAUAUCUUUGCUGUACUCUUUUUAUUUUCUAACCCAACAUAUCUGCUGUGCUCUGUUCUUUCCUGACUUGUGUCUGUCUGUGGGUCGCCUCUGGUUUCCAUGGUAGACAGCUGUAGUCUCUGUGAUUGGCGGUUCUGGUGACGUCAGGGGGCCAAAUAAAAUCCCGAAACACAAAAUAACGUGUGGGAGUGAGUGAAGACUUCCAAACGGAUUAUCACCGUUUAGAAAGGAAAAAUCCUGAUUUACUCUGCCCCUCUCCAGACUCAACUUUAGAAAGUGUGGGUGGGGGUGGGUGUGGGGGGGGCUUUGGUUAACUUGAACUGGUAGCGUGUGUGCAACCAUUUGUAUUUCCAUUCAUCCACAACUCUGAUCUUCUAUCUCUGGAUGCACACAGAUCAACGGGCCGGGCACUGUGAAUCCCUGGCCUGGAUUCACAUGUUGGCCUUGGCCCUUGUUAAUCUAUGUAGCAUUGUGAUCACCAGGUGGGUGAAAUAGUUAAUUUUUGCGCUUUUUAAUAUCAAACGGGACCAGAUGUCUUGGGGGCGUUCGACACCUGGGGAACACUUUGUAUUGGCGUUAGAAGUGGGUCAGAGAGAGGCCUCAACCAGUCAUCCAUCAUCGUUGUAGUGGUCGUGGUGGUGACUCAAUGCCUAACUGUUAUGGUGCCAGUCUGCAGAUAAAGCCAUCUGGGUAGGUUGAGGUAGGAUCAUUUCAAAUCGGCAUAAUGUUCCCUAUCCCAAACCUGAUUCGCAUUAUUAUUAUUAUCCUAAGAUGCUUUCCCUGUUGUCUGAUUUCACUGUUUGAGAACUCUCAUCUACUUACCUGCUUCCAAGUUCCUGCAUAAUCUGCCCAACCGGUUCUGUUAGAAAGCUGAGUAUGCAGCAGGUUAUAAUCAUUCACUUUUUAUCUUGUCGGAGGACUGCAGAGGUAGUGCUUUUUCCAUGAAGAGGUGAUCAUAAGCUGGAGAUGGUUGGACAGUCAUGAUGAGGUGACCAAAGUCUGGUUAACACGAUUGCCUCCCUCACUGGUAUUUUCAGAUUGAUGGUUCCAUUCAACAGGCGUUUCCCAACUGCAACGGUGCAUCGAUCGCAGCGCUUGGAUUCAAUGGCCUCAAUGAGCAUUAGAUUAACUGAGGAGUGAGCGACUACUCGACCAAUCACGGCUGGGGUGUUGACUCACUAGUUUGGUUUAUCCUCUAUUCCAAGAAAUACGACUCAUGCCACAGAUCCCCGCCAGCCCGGCUGAGAAUUCCAAUCUAAUGUGCUCACUGUGCUUUAGAAAAUGAACUCAUACCAACUCCUCGGAAAGCUGGGCGUGUAGGAUACUGCUGGGUAGAUCUGAUGCUUAUUAUCCUGUUUUAGAACGGUUGUAUAUCCCUCUCUGAAGAGAGAUUCAGUCAAUUCUUGGGCCUGGUUGAACACUUUCUAACGGGGCAACCACACGCAUAUCUACGGCUGUCAGGACUAGUUGGAGUACUAACUCCACGAUCCCCAAACGCUAGAAAACAUGCACUAGAAACGCAGAACACGUGUCUCAACGCGGUGUCUUCUGUAAACCAGAUGCGUGAGCCUUUGAGUUGUGUUUCUUCAACCGGUAUGGUCAGAAGGUCUGGGGUCCCCUCCAGGCAGGGGCUGUGGUCACCAAAGGGGUCGGGUCACAUGACGGCCACAUGACACGUCCCAUGACCGACCUCCCCGCCCAGUGCGUGGUGUGGUGGUGUGUUGUGACCAACCCCUCCCAGUGUGUGGUGUGGUGGUGUGUUGUGACCAACCCCUCCCAGUGUGUAGUGUGGUGGUGUGUUGUGACCGAACUCCCCUCCCCAGUGCGUGGUGUGUUGUGACGGGGUGGUGGUGUUUUGUCCUGUGACUCCUGUCUGAUCCAACCCGUCUGCAUCUCAGCCUUCCUGUCUGGACUGGUGCUCAUCUCACCAUCGUGAAACACAGAACAGAACCGAUAGGGAAACAGAAGCUAGGGGGGUGGGAGGGGAGGGGGGGGGGGGGGGCUUGGGCCUGAUGGGAUGUAUGCGUGGGCGGAGUCCCGGGUGUGCUGCCAACAUGGCCGCCCUGCUCCCCCCUCUGAGUGCUGGAGCCAAAUGGCAGAAGGAAAGAAACUGGAAUGACGCUGGGCAACGGGUGACGUCACGGUUCAGUUCACACUGGUAUCCUGAAAUGGACUCUCGGAUUGUUCUAUAUUUGAAGACGAUUUCUUCACCGAGAGUGUCAUGUUUGAAUAUUAAAUAAAAGCCCUUUAAACCUUGGAAUUUCUACACUGCUUUUCCGGGAAUCCUCAGUGGAUGCUUUUGGUUGGGUAACUUAAAAUAGCCUUCUGUUGAGUCUGCUGUGUGGUGAGAGAUCGUUAUCAUUUUUGAACGCUUUUUAUUUCUGGAUGUUUGACUUUGGAAAUUUGUAGCACUCUAUAAUUUACCCCCCCCUCCCCAAGUGUAAUCUUAAAGGAAUCUACUGACCACGCUUUCAUCUACUGUGGGUGAACAAAACGCUGUCUGUGGAAUGUAUUCAACUACAUAAACCUAAUGUACAUUCUGCAACCAUUCUUCUUAAGUUUUUCUGCGUAAUGAAGGUUUCUAUUCCACCAUUCAUCCAACCUUUUCAAAUCCGACACUUCCAACGCAAGCUAAUUUCUUGUUGUAUCAGACGCCAUCAAACAAAACACUGAGUAGAAACCUUGUUGACGCAGUGGCCACCUUGUAGCAUCACAUUACACUAAUUUUUACCAAUCAGAAAGCACAAUUGUAGACGUCCCCUGAGGUUUUGUAUCUAAGGACACCUUAGGGAAAUGCUGUAGUAACUUUAAAGUGCAUAUCAGAUGAUCAUCACAGAGUUUGUGUACGAUGUAUGGAAUGACUGUGGUCAGCCCACAUGCCUGACGCCUUAGAGCUUCAUAGAAGAACAGAAACUAACACAACUUCCACUACUCUGUGUGUGUUUAUGUGUGUCAGUGUGUUUGUGUAGCUGCACAAUCAAUCCAUGGCCUUAACAGUAGCUACAUCAGAAACUUGGAGGAAAACCAACAGAGGUUCAUAACAAUGAAAAGUGGAGAACCAUCUCUGAUCCUUGGAACGAUUUACCUGUCAAAACGUUCAAGGUGUACCCUGAACCACUUGGAUCUGGGAGUUAGCGCAUCCAGGUGUAGCAUCUUCGCUGGGUUCACUGGUCUAUCUUCUAGCAGUUUACUACAAAGUGCUUCUCCUUUCACUGGUCUGCCUCUUGAGAAACAAAACAGGAACUGGGCCACUAUUGGAGGCUGAGUUUUUUUCGUCACAUGAUCUAUGAAGAAAAAUGACCACUGGUGACCAAUCAGCCAACAUUACUAUGGAAAAUAUAUAUAUAUGUGGCGGGAAAGAUGAAUUUGCCCCACACAGACUGUUAUGGGUUUGACCCCCGCACCUCUCUUGUGUAAUUGUUGUUUGUUUUAAUCUGUUGCAGUAUUGCCAUUUUAAUCAGUUAUUUUCAACCAAACCUGACAUUUUCUGUUCCUGUAUGUUCCUUUCACUGGCGUGAAGAAAAAAAACACUUUGCCAACCUUUUUUUAUUGCAAAUACAGUUUUUGUAAAAGUUGUAAAUUGUAUGUGUUUUUUAUAGCACAUUGUCAUUGUUAAAUGCAUUGAUCUACAACUAAUAAAGAAUAAAAAAUGCUAUGUUUUGAUUUA